UAGAGCAUGAUGAACCCAGCCGUUAGCAGGAAGGCGGCACAACAACGUCAGCGGCGCACCUACAGAGUGAGAAGAGAUAUUUUCGCUGAGUACGACGAUGCUGAGUUACUGAAAAGAUUCAGAUUGGACCGUGCUGGUAUUGUUGCAGUGACUGAUAUAGUGAGAGACAAGCUGCAAAGUAAAACUGAAAGAAAUAGAGCCUUGACCCCUGAGAUGGUAGCCAUCACAUUACGAUAUUUAGCCACAGGAAAAAUGCAACAGUGCAGUUGUGAUGAUUUUGGAACAACGCAGCCCACUAUCAGCCGUGCAAUAUCACAGACAAUUGAUGCACUGGCUGACCCAGAAGUAAUCUGCCAGUUCGUGGCUUUCCCUCACACCCAGCGUGAAGUGCAGCAAAAACAGGCAGAGUUCAUGCAAGUAACUCAGUUUCCCGGUGUUGUGGGAGUGAUUGAUGGCACUCAUAUAAGAAUUGUGUCUCCUCAUGUCGAUGAACAUGUAUAUGUGAACAGGAAACGCUAUCACAGCAUAAAUGUGCAAGUAGUAUUUGAUGCUCACUAUAAGAUUCUUGACAUUGUGGCAAGGUGGCCUGGCUCAGUCAACGAUGCAAGAAUACUAGAUAAGUCAGCACUCAAACUGAUGUUUGAGGAACAACAUGUACCUGCAGGAUGCUACCUUCCCGGGGACAGUGGCUAUCCCUGUAAGCAGUGGCUCCUCACUCCUUACCUUCGCCCUCAAACUGUUGCACAAGCUAAUUAUAACAGUUCCAGUACCUUACGAUGCAGCCGAGGGGACUGACGCCACCACCACCACUGCCACCACCGCCACAACAAGGGUUAUUCGAGUGGGGAACAUGCUUCAGGUGUUGCCCCAAGAUGCCUCAGCCCCGCAGCCCCACUUCCCCAUGAUAGUGCAGGCAGGGAAUGUCAUACAGGUUGUUCCAGCUGACAACACGCAGGUAUUAGGGGCAGAAGUUGUUGGAGUUGGUCGGGUCAUGCAAGUGGUCGGAGUCCCAGGCUUUCCCCCGACCCCAGCCCCAGACCCCUGCCCCAGCCACCCCUCUCCCUGUGACCCCUGCCCAGUCAUCCCUCACCCCCUCCUGCCCCCCUGCGGUGCUGCCAGCGGGGGUGAUGGGAGGUGGAGGUGGGCCACACACACCUGGGUUAGCUGUGGCUUGGCUUAUCUCCCUCCUCAGCAGCAAAUCCCGAGGAUCAACGAGGACAUGGUGGACCCAGAGAUUGCAGCAGCAGCGAGAGAGAGAGAGAGAAGCAAGAGAGGAGGGAGAGGAAGGAGAGGAGGAGGAGAGAGAGGGAGGCCAGGAGGGAGGCACGUCAGAGAGAGAGGGAGAGGAAGAGGUUGAUUCUGUUACAACAACAACUGCAACAACAACAACAGUUAGUCAGUGAGGAGGGGGAGGGGCCGUCCUCUGAUGCUGAGGAUGAGGUAUUGUUCAGGGUAAGUAGUAGUAGUAGUAGUAGUAAUGCAUCAUUUUUAAACUUUCCGAGAUAAUCUUAUUUCAACAGGUAGAGAUGAAAAAGUCUUCUAACUGACAAAAAAAAACAUUAUCUAUUUAUUUUGUUAUGUAGGCCAGCCAGCCGUGGGGGGACAAAACUUCAAUAAAAGAGACUCUCUGAGGUGUGGCUCCCCAAAAUAGAAUUGCAAAUGGUAGCCAGAAUUUACAUGAAUACUGGAGGGUGCUGUCAGGCCAAACCAGCUCCCCAUCUGUGCCUAUGCAGUGUCUGGCCAGCCACUAGUGUGUUUUGGGGGCUCAGACCAGCAGAUUCCCACUGUUUAUUCACUGUUUGUGUUGAUGCAGUGUCUGGCCAGCCACUUGUGUGUUUUGGGGGCUCAGACCAGCAGAUUCCCACUGUUUAUUCACUGUUUGUGUUGACGCAGUGUCUGGCCAGCCACUUGUGUGUUUUGGGGGCUCAGACCAGCAGAUUCCCACUGUUUAUUCACUGUUUGUGUUGAUUUAGUGUUUGGCCAGCCACUUGUGUGUUUUGGGGGCUCAGACCAGCAGAUUCCCACUGUUUAUUCACUGUUUGUGUUCAUCUAGUGUUUGGCCAGCCACUUGUGUGUAUGUAGGGGACUCAGACCAGCAGAUUCCCACUGUUUAUCCACUGUUUGUGUUGAUGCAGUGUUUGGCCAGCCACUUGUGUGUUUUGGGGGCUCAGACCAGCAGAUUCCUACUAUUUAUCCACUGUUUGUGUUGAUCUAGUGUUUGGCCAGCCACUUGUGUUUAUGUAGGGGAUUCAGACCAGCAGAUUCCCACUGUUUAUCCACUGUUUGUGUUGAUCUAGUGUUUGGCCAGCCAGUUGUGUGUUUUGGGGGCUCAGACCAGCAGAUUCCCACUGUUUAUUCACUGUUUGUGUUGAUUUAGUGUUUGGCCAGCCACUUGUGUGUUUUGGGGUCUCAGACCAGCAGAUUCCCACUGUUUAUUCACUGUUUGUGUUGAUCUAGUGUUUGGCCAGCCACUUGUGUGUAUGUAGGGGACUCAGACCAGCAGAUUCCCACUGUUUAUCCACUGUUUGUGUUGAUGCAGUGUUUGGCCAGCCACUUGUGUGUUUUGGGGGCUCAGACCAGCAGAUUCCUACUAUUUAUCCACUGUUUGUGUUGAUCUAGUGUUUGGCCAGCCACUUGUGUUUAUGUAGGGGAUUCAGACCAGCAGAUUCCCACUGUUUAUCCACUGUUUGUGUUGAUCUAGUGUUUGGCCAGCCAGUUGUGUGUUUUGGGGGCUCAGACCAGCAGAUUCCCACUGUUUAUUCACUGUUUGUGUUGAUCUAGUGUUUGGCCAGCCACUUGUGUGUUUUGGGGGCUCAGACCAGCAGAUUCUCACUGUUUAUUCACUGUUUGUGUUGAUCUAGUGUUUGGCCAGCCACUUGUGUGUAUGUAGGGGACUCAGACCAGCAGAUUCCCACUGUUUAUCCACUGUUUGUGUUGAUGCAGUGUUUGGCCAGCCACUUGUGUGUAUGUAGGGGACUCAGACCAGCAGAUUCCCACUGUUUAUUCACUGUUUGUGUUGAUGCAGUAUUUGGCCAGCCACUUGUGUGUAUGUAGCGGACUCAGACCAGCAGAUUCCCACUGUUUAUCCACUGUUUGUGUUGAUGCAGUGUUUGGUCAGCCACUUGUGUGUUUUGGGGGCUCAGACCAGCAGAUUCCUACUAUUUAUCCACUGUUUGUGUUGAUCUAGUGUUUGGCCAGCCACUUGUGUUUAUGUAGGGGAUUCAGACCAGCAGAUUCCCACUGUUUAUCCACUGUUUGUGUUGAUCUAGUGUUUGGCCAGCCAGUUGUGUGUUUUGGGGGCUCAGACCAGCAGAUUCCCACUGUUUAUUCACUGUUUGUGUUGAUCUAGUGUUUGGCCAGCCACUUGUGUGUUUUGGGGGCUCAGACCAGCAGAUUCUCACUGUUUAUUCACUGUUUGUGUUGAUCUAGUGUUUGGCCAGCCACUUGUGUGUAUGUAGGGGACUCAGACCAGCAGAUUCCCACUGUUUAUCCAUUGUUUGUGUUGAUGCAGUGUUUAGCCAGCCACUUGUGUGUAUGUAGGGGACUCAGACCAGCAGAUUCCCACUGUUUAUCCACUGUUUGUGUUGAUGCAGUGUUUGGCCAGCCACUUGUGUGUAUGUAGGGGACUCAGACCAGCAGAUUCCCACUGUUUAUUCACUGUUUGUGUUGAUGCAGUAUUUGGCCAGCCACUUGUGUGUAUGUAGCGGACUCAGACCAGCAGAUUCCCACUGUUUAUCCACUGUUUGUGUUGAUGCAGUGUUUGGCCAGCCACUUGUGUGUUUUGGGGGCUCAGACCAGCAGAUUCCUACUAUUUAUCCACUGUUUGUGUUGAUCUAGUGUUUGGCCAGCCACUUGUGUUUAUGUAGGGGACUCAGACCAGCAGAUUCCCACUGUUUAUCCACUGUUUGUGUUGAUCUAGUGUUUGGCCAGCCAUUUGUGUGUUUUGGGGGCUCAGACCAGCAGAUUCCCACUGUUUAUUCACUGUUUGUGUUGAUCUAGUGUUUGGCCAGCCACUAGUGUGUUUUGGGGGCUCAGACCAGCAGAUUCUCACUGUUUAUUCACUGUUUGUGUUGAUCUAGUGUUUGGCCAGCCACUUGUGUGUAUGUAGGGGACUCAGACCAGCAGAUUCCCACUGUUUAUUCACUGUUUGUGUUGAUGCAGUAUUUGGCCAGCCACUUGUGUGUAUGUAGCGGACUCAGACCAGCAGAUUCCCACUGUUUAUCCACUGUUUGUGUUGAUGCAGUGUUUGGCCAGCCACUUGUGUGUUUUGGGGGCUCAGACCAGCAGAUUCCUACUAUUUAUCCACUGUUUGUGUUGAUCUAGUGUUUGGCCAGCCACUUGUGUUUAUGUAGGGGACUCAGACCAGCAGAUUCCCACUGUUUAUCCACUGUUUGUGUUGAUCUAGUGUUUGGCCAGCCACUUGUGUGUUUUGGGGGCUCAGACCAGCAGAUUCCCACUGUUUAUUCACUGUUUGUGUUGAUCUAGUGUUUGGCCAGCCACUAGUGUGUUUUGGGGGCUCAGACCAGCAGAUUCUCACUGUUUAUUCACUGUUUGUGUUGAUCUAGUGUUUGGCCAGCCACUUGUGUGUAUGUAGGGGACUCAGACCAGCAGAUUCCCACUGUUUAUUCACUGUUUGUGUUGAUCUAGUGUUUGGCCAGCCACUUGUGUGUAUGUAGGGGACUCAGACCAGCAGAUUCCCACUGUUUAUCCAUUGUUUGUGUUGAUGCAGUGUUUGGCCAGCCACUUGUGUGUAUGUAGGGGACUCAGACCAGCAGAUUCCCACUGUUUAUCCACUGUUUGUGUUGAUGCAGUGUUUGGCCAGCCACUUGUGUGUAUGUAGGGGACUCAGACCAGCAGAUUCCCACUGUUUAUUCACUGUUUGUGUUGAUGCAGUGUUUGGCCAGCCACUUGUGUGUAUGUAGGGGACUCAGACCAGCAGAUUCCCACUGUUUAUCCACUGUUUGUGUUGAUGCAGUGUUUGGCCAACCACUUGUGUGUUUUGGGGGCUCAGACCAGCAGAUUCCUACUAUUUAUCCACUGUUUGAGUUGAUCUAGUGUUUGGCCAGCCACUUGUGUUUAUGUAGGGGACUCAGACCAGCAGAUUCACACUGUUUAUCCACUGUUUGUGUUGAUCUAGUGUUUGGCCAGCCACUUGUGUGUUUUGGGGGCUCAGACCAGCAGAUUCCCACUGUUUAUUCACUGUUUGUGUUGAUCUAGUGUUUGGCCAGCCACUAGUGUGUUUUGGGGGCUCAGACCAGCAGAUUCUCACUGUUUAUUCACUGUUUGUGUUGAUGCAGUGUUUGGCCAGCCACUUGUGUGUAUGUAGGGGACUCAGACCAGCAGAUUCCCACUGUUUAUCCAUUGUUUGUGUUGAUGCAGUGUUUGGCCAGCCACUUGUGUGUAUGUAGAGGACUGAGACAAGUUUAUUUAAUGUUCAGUGACCCAUUUGCAGGCACAGGGGUGUUGAGGAGCUGGGUGUGCAGGAGACAGACAAUUACAAAGGAGGCCAUGUCGGAGGUGCCGGUGGUGGGGUCGCCAGUUCCGGAGUACGAGGUGGAGGAGGAAAAGGAAGAGGAGGUCGAGGAGGAGGCACGGAUAAGGAAGAAGAAAAGAUUAUUACCUGUAGCCCUCCCUCCAGCUGAUAAGGGGAUAUUAAGGAGCCCUUCCUACAGGUUCGUUCGAUGCAAGGAGUUGGCACAGGAGGCGUCCGAGGCUGUGUAGAGCGGCCGUCUGAACCUGGUGCCACAGCUUACUAUGUUCAACAGAAACUUGGACAGUGACAACAAGAACAUCUUCACAAAUACAAGCAGCAGAAAUGAGAGUUCUGAGAAUGAUCCGAGGUGUGACCAGACUUGAUAGAAUUAGAAAUGAAGAAACCAGAGAGAGAUUAGGGAUAACAUCUGUACUGAAGAUAAUUGAAAAGAACAAAUUGAGAUGGUAUGGACAUGUCCGAAGAAUGGAAGAUACAAGAUACGCAAGGAAGUUUCUGGAAUGGGUUCCUCUAGGCAGGAGGCCGGUGGGACGACCUAGGAAGCGAUGGAUGCAGGGAGUUGAAGAAGCUACUGAACGAAGAGGAAGAAAUCUACAAGAAAUAACCAGAGAUGAGGAUUUCAUGGAUAGAGACCUUUGGAGAAGAUUUGUAGAGGCCGGACACUGACAGGCAUUGCCUACCUUGCGUCUGCUGAGAAAGUAACUGUAGGAAGAAUGCAGGAAAUGGAGGAGGAGGAGGAGGAGGAGGAGAAAAUGAGUAGAAAACAAGAAAAUUAGAAUAAGCAGAUGGAAUAAAGAGGAAGAAGAAGAAGAAAAGGAGGAAGAAGAAGAGAAGGAGGAAGAGGAGGAAGAAAAGGAGGAGGAGGAGGAAGAAGAAGAAAAAUAAUCACAUUAAGCUGGAGAGGAAAGCAAGAAUAAGCAGGAAGGAGGAGGAGGAGGAGGAGGAGGAGGAGCAGCAGGAGGAGGAAGAGGAGGAGGAGGAGGAAGGCUAAGCAGGAGAUACCCUCCCUUGCUCUAGUUCAGCAGGAGGCAUGGCCGGAGGAGGAGGAGGAGGAACAGCUUUUUUGGGAGUUCUUAAAGAUCGCGUACCUUGAGGCUGCUCCUCCUCCUCCUCCUCCUCCUCCUCCUCCUCCUCCUCCUCCUCCUCCUCCUCCUCCUCCUCCUCCUCCUCCUCCUCCUCCUCCUCCUCCUCCUCCUCCUCUCUCUCUCUCUCUCUCUCUCUCUCUCUCUCUCUCUCUCUCUCUCUCUCUCUCUCUCUCUCUCUCUCUCUCUCUCUCUCUCUCUCUCUCUCUCUCUCUCUCUCUCUCUCUCUCUCUCUCUCUCUCUCUCUCUCUCUCUCUACAGCCUACAGACUCACUAUUUGCUUAACCACACCUCUUGCCUGAAACAAAUGAAAAACUUUUAUCCUUCUCCAAUCACAUUUCAAUUUUGUACUUAGUCACAAUCACACAGUAUAUGUUGUUAAUUUCAACUUUACAACAAGGUGACAACAUUUCAUCUAUUUAUACAUACUUUUUAUUAUUAAAGCUUAUCUUAUAAUUAUUUCUGAAGAGAUUGACUAAUUUUUGUAGUAUUUAUGACUUAGAACUAUGAUAAAGCUAUGAAUUGAUAUAAUUCCUGAUUUGUUUUAUCUUUUCAUUAUACUUCCUUUGUUAAUUGAGCAUUUUAUAUUACUUAGCUUAAAAAUGCAAGAACGGUUCAGAAGUAUCCAACCUUGGGCUAAGGGCCAAAAUUAUGGUAUCAUUCAAAAUGUCCUUCAAAGAAAGCCCUCUGUAAUCCAACACACUUAGCCCAUUAAUCCUUCCAUUUCUCAUCAAUUUGUUCAACAUACAUAUUUUUCCCUUAUAGGGUUGAACAAUUUUCAUGGGUUCAGAGCAAAAGGCUUCCUCAUUCCUCCCCAAGGUACUCUCGGAUGGUAAGCAGGUUUGACUCUGGAGCAAACCUGACCAAGGGCUACUGCCCAAGGCUACAGAGGUUCCUCUCCCUGAGGCUGAAUGCACCAUGUGAGAUGGUUCUGUUAUGUGGAUGAAUGUCAUGGUGGAUAGCAGUGCCACCACAUUCCUACAAUCAUCCAUCACUCCACUGCUCAAACACUUCUGCAACCAAUGAUAGGUAUGCUGCCACAUUCUGCAUGGUCUCCUUGGCUCUCAGAUAAGGAUACUGUCAACAGGUUUGGGAUUGCCAAAAAAUCAUAAGGAGCUAUGUCUGAAAAGUUCAGAGAGAGAGAGAGAGAGAGAGAGAGAGAGAAAGAAUGAGCAAGAGAAAGAGUAGGAUGAAGCAAAGGAAGAGUCAAGAGGGAGGAAGAGAGAGUAGGACAAGAAAAAACAGAACAAAUAAAUCCCCUACACGUCUUGUCUCCAUUCACACAAGCCAUGAAAAGCUUGUCCAUCCCUGAGUGCUCAGAAGCAGUGCUCCACUGAUGAUGUGGAAACUUGAGACACCCAAUCAUUUAAUGGGCUUUAGUAGGUUUUGUCACCAGUCUUCUGUGUGUCACUGACUACAUUUUGAAAUUUUUAUCUGUUCUAUUUAAUUUUGUGUGUAUGUACACAAUGUUUAUGGUCAAUAAACUAUUUAUAAAACUAUUUAUCUGUGUGAGUAAGAUAAAAGCAGUUAUUAUUAUUAUUAUUAUUAUUAUUAUUAUUAUUAUUAUUAUUAUUAUUAUUAUUACACAUUUUCCUCCUUGUAUUUAAAUAUUAUUAUUAUUAUUAUUAUUAUUAUUAUUAUUAUCAUGAAUUGUUCUUGUUUAUAAAUAAAAUACUGUAACUGA